AUGAAACCCUUCGGGGCGCCCCGUCUUCUUGUUUGGUUUCUGGCUGCUGUUGCUGCUGCAGCAACAACACAGGCAGCUGUCUAUACACCCCAGCAUCCUCAGCAGCAGCACCACAAGCAGCAGCAGCAGCAGCAGCAGCAGCGCCGGUUUUCUCCUCUCUUCCUUUCUGCUUCCUCUCUGUACCCCCCUAAUACAACAGGGGCCCCCGCAGCUGUCUCCUUGGGCCCCCCGGGGGCCCCCCAGCAGCCUUUCAUAGGCAGCAGGCAGGGGGGCCCCCCACGGUCCAGCAGAGGGGCCCUUGUAGCGCUCUUCGCUAGAAGAAGGGCCCCCUCGGGGGCCCCCUUCGAAGACGGGGAAGGAGUGGCCCCGCAGUCGCAAGAAGGGGGGGCCCCAAGGGGGCCCCCCAGGGGGGCCCCCAGGGGGCCACCAGGGGGGCCCCCCAGGGGGCCCCCCAGGGGGCCCCCUAGGGGGGCCCCAGGGGCCCGUCGGUCAGCGUUUGCUCCGUGGGAUAACCUGGAGAUAUUCCCUCUACAGCCGGAGCAGCUGGAGAGGGAGGGGGCCCCCCAGCCCGAGGGGCCCCUGGUGGGGGCCCCCCUGGAUGGGGGGGCCCCCGAGGGGGGCCCCCUGCUGCAGGGGGCCCCAGAGGAAGAGGGUACUAGUGCGAGACUGCCGAGAGGAGAAUUCAGGCGGAUAGUUAAGGCCUUCAACCAGGCAGUUGCUGCUGCAGUGCAGCGAGAAACUCAGCAGCAGCAGCAGCAGCAGCAGCAGCAGACGAAGAAGAAGAAGCAGCAGCAGCAGCAGGAACUGCAGCAGGAACAGCAGCAGGAACAGCAGCAGCAGCAGCAGCAUCAGCAGCAGCAGCAACAGCAACAGCAGCAGCAGCAGCAACAGCAGCAGCAGCAGCAUCAGCAGCAGCAGGAACAGCAGCAACAGCAGCAGCAGCAGCAACAUGCUGCUGCUGCUUCUCUUAGCAGGGUAGUGGAGGUGGGCCCCGGCACGGGGGCCCUCACCCGCUAUCUGUACCCUCUUUAUAAAGAUAUGCUGGUGGAGAUAGAUCCGCGGUCUAUAGCUCUUCUCAGCCAGCGAAUGCCGGGCCUGCAGGUGCUGCACGAGGACGUCUUACAGGUGAACUGGCCCUACCUCGCUCACCACAUGCAGCGUCUACGAAUUGUAGGCAACCUCCCCUUCUACCUCACGAGCCAGCUUCUGUUCUGUCUCCUAGACUGCCGGCACUACAUCGACCUCGCCGUCGUUACACUGCAACGCGAAGUAGCUGAGGUGGAGUCAGCUGUUGUCCGCGUUGAGUUUCGUCAUGAGAGCGACGAGGAGCUGCUAGGCGGGGUCGAUGCAAAAGACCUCAAAAAAGUGUUGUUUGCUGCGUUCGGCCAGCGACGUAAGAUGCUGCGUCACAGCUUGAAGGUGAGUCUGUGUUGGUGA